GGGGGUGGAGGGGGGGGGGGGGAUGCUCGCCCCCCGGCUACCGGCGCUGCCAGCCCUGCUGUGGCUAGCGUUAGCCCCGCUGCCCGGCGCUCCCGGCCCCGCGGCCAAGGCUGAGCUGCGGGUGCGGGUGCGGCUGCCCGGCGGGCAGGUGGCGGAGGAGAGCCUGCAAGCCGACAGCGGCUCCGACUGCAUCAGCCUGGAGCUCCGCAAGGCCGACGGCGCCCUCAUCACCCUCACGGCCGAUUUCAGACAGGAGGUGAAGAUCUUCCGUGCCUUAAUCCUAGGGGAGCUGGAGAGGGGCCAGAGCCAGUUCCAAGCACUCUGCUUUGUCACCCGGCUUCACCGCAACGAGAUCAUCCCCAGCGAGUCUAUGGCGAAGCUGCGGCAGAAAAACCCCAGGACAGUGCGGCAGGCUGAGGAGGUGCGGGGCCUGGAGCACCUCAGCAUGGAUGUAGCUGUCAACUUCAGCAAAGGGGCGCAGCUGAGCUCCCACAUCCACAACGUCUGUGCAGAGGCCAAAGAAGCGAUUUACACGCGAGAGGACGAUGUCAAAUUUUGGUUGGAGAAAGGGGUGGACGGCUCCAUGUUCGAGGUCCUGCCGCAGACGUCCGACCUGCCGGACCUGCAGCGCUGCAGGCUGUGCGCGGACCGCUGGAAGCCCUGCAUCUGCAGCUACUCGCUGAGCAUCGAGUGGUACCCCUGCAUGCUCAAGUACUGCAAGAGCCGCGAUGCUGCGGGCAAGGUUUCUUCCUACAAAUGCGGCAUCCGCAGCUGCCAGAAGGGCUACACCUUCGAUUACUACGUGCCGCAGAAGCAGCUCUGUCUCUGGGACGAGGAGACCUAGCAGAGCCAGGCUUUUCCGAGCAGCAGCUCAGCUGCCUCCUGCCACCGCUCGCGAUGCUGAGGGCCUCCCGCAGCCCCCUGCUGCGAAGAAGGAACGUGGUUCACAGCGGUGCCUUGUACCAGGGGAGCUCUGUGUGUGUGCCUUUCCUUCUGCCCCCCGCCCCCCUCCCCGUGGCUCCCUCCCGACCCCACAGCUCGUACUGGGAUAAGCGGGCUUGGCUCGCUGCAUGGUGAAGGAGGAGCCGCGGGUUUUGGGGCUGAAGCACCAGAAGGGCUCUGUUUUUCCCUGCUCUGGGGGUGGGGGGUGUGAAGAGGGGCACUUCUGGCCAGUUUUCAGCCUCCAGCAUCCUGAAGGGUGGCCAGGGCAGGGAGAGGAGGAGUCCCUGGGGUGUCAGACAUCUCCGCCACUGACUUCGCCACCUCCUGGUGACACGACAGCAUUUUCCACUGGGAACAUGGCUGAGUUAUGGGACCACAUACCGAAGGUACGAAUCCUACCCAAAGCCAGAGCCUGCCUGUAGCUUUUUUUAGUGUCUGCCUGGCCGGUAUAUCCUUCCCGUGGCUCCAAACAAGAUGCUCUGGGGGGAUAUGGCCCAGCAAUUCUGCCCCAAAGGGCUGCUGAUUAGGGCUCGAACUUCUCCCUAUUUAGACUAGUGAAGGCCAACAUUUUGUGUUGGUUCUGGGACUCUCCUGCUAGGAAAGAGACAUCUGGAGAUUUGUGACUGCCAUCGUAACCUUGUGGUUGCAAGGGGGGAUGAUCCCAGAUGGGCAUUGCAACUGUUGUUUGGAAGAAGAUAACGUCCUACAUCUACAUCCAGUUUUAUGUCCUACUCUGCCAGCUAUUCACAAGAAGCUCUUAGUUAACUGUACUGCUUUGUUGUGCCUUGGUUUCCCCUAUACGUAAAGUAGGGAUGACCUUGAAGCUGACCAUGGCCCUGGUGUGUACCUGGAGGACAUCAGACAAAAAGUGCUGUAGGAGCGCUGCCUGCUUCCCGAGCCGUCUUCCACUCAAGUUUAGAACAAGCAGAGAGGGGAAAGAGGCUGCUGGGGUCAUUGUGAGCCCCCGUUGCUCCUGAUGAAAAGCCUUCACAAUGUGCCUUUUUGCCUAAAAUCCAGGAAUUUUUGACAAAAAUGAAUUUGGUCACAAUUAUUUUUGUAUUGAUCAGUUAAGGGGCGAGGGAAGGGAAAGGUAUUUUAAUAUUACAACAUGAAGUAAAACACACUUGAAUGAUUUUUUUUAAAAAAAAAAAAACAAAUUAUUUAUCAUUUGUAAGGUAAAAUAAACUUUUUUUUAAAAGCA